AUGAGGAGCAGCAGCUCCGAGCUGCUCCUCGACCAGCAGGCGGAGCUCCGCAAGAAGAAGCUCCUCGAGCUCGCCAAGCCGCGGCGCCCCGUCAAGGUGAAGCGGACCUGGCGGCAGCGCGUGUGGUUCUACGCCACGGCCGUGCUCGCGCUCACCGCCAUGUCGGCCGGCUCCUCCCUGCUGUUCCUCGUGCCGCUGUACGUGGACCCGGCCAUCUCCACGCUCACGCACCACUUCGUGGACGUGCCGGUCACGUGCGUGACGACGCGCCGCGAGGACCUGACCGGCAUCUUCAACUGCACGUGGAGCUCGUGCCGCGAGGGCUGCACGUCCGACAUGUACAAGUGCACCCACAUCUACGUGUCGCCGCCGCCGCCCACGCCGCCCGAGGAGAGCAACUUCACGGAGGAGGCCGUGCUGCUGGUCAACAUCAAGGGCUGCGGCUACCCGCCCGACGUCACGUGCGGCAACUUCUCCGAGGCGUUCGGCUACGAGGGCGCCUCGUUCCCCUGCUACUACUCGCGCGUCAACCGGUCCGUGGUGCUGUCGCACUACGCGCGGGACGACCAGGUGGCCGUCAUCGUGCACUACUUCGCCAUCCCGUUCGUGCUGACAGUGGUGACCGCCGUGAUCCUGUGCGUGAUGCACUGCCGCUGCGAAGACGACGGCACGCGUCGGCACCACCAUCACCAUCACCACCACAUGGGGCUGCCGGACAACAGCGACUGCUCGAUCAGCACCCGCGUGGACAUGCUGGCGCCCAGCCACGCCGACGGCCCCGACGGCCCCGAGGGCGCCGAGUCGACGCGGCCGCUCUGA